AUGUGUUGUAUAUUUCAGGCACAAGAGUUGGUAAGUGGGCUGCUUGCUACGUUUCGAGACAAUGUGUUCCCUGUUUUACUUCAAGCUGCAGUUCAUGUGAGAGAAAAGAAGGUCCCGAAAGCUGAAGAGGUUCUAAGUCGGUAUGCUGAGAAGCAUCCUGAUAAUUCUACAGGAGUCCUUGCACUCGCCCAGAUUGCUGCCAAUGCCAACCAUUUUCAGAUUGCUGCUGAUUCGCUAUCUAAGAUAUCUGACAUCCAGCACAUGCCUGCAACGGUUGCUACACUGGUAGCUCUAAAAGAGCGUCUAAAUGACUCUAAUGGUGCUGCUUCUGUUCUUGAUUCUGCUAUCAAGUGGUGGAAAAACGCCAUGACUGAAGAUAACAAGUUGGAUAUGUUCAUGCGGGAGGCUGCUACAUUUAAGCUCAACCAUGGGCGUGAUAAAGAGGCCUGUCAGCUGUACGAGGAACUUGUGAAGAGCUAUGGAAGCACCGAAGCGUUGUCUGGGCUAGUAGCAACGUCCGCACGCACUGACCUUGCGAAAGCUGAGCAAUAUGAGAAGCAGCUGAAACCGUUGCCGGGUCUUCAGGGAAUUGACGUAAAGAGCCUGGAGAAGACAUCUGGUGCAAGGCAUGUAGAGCAAGCCAUGAAGGUUGAUGCUCCCGAGGAAGUGAAGAAGCAAAAGGCUAAGAAGAGGAAGAGGAAGCCUAAAUAUCCGAAAGGAUAUGAUCCAGCGAACCCAGGGCCACCCCCAGAUCCCGAGAGAUGGCUGCCCAAGAGGGAGAGGUCGACCUACCGUCCGAAGAGGAAGGAUAAGAGGGCUCAGGUCAGAGGUGCUCAAGGCUCUGUGAGUAGAGAGAAGCAUGAUGCAUCUGCUGCCAAUGCCGGCGCCACCUCUUCAAAACCCACCACCUCGGCCAAGGCUCCAGAACCACCAAAGGGCUCCAACAAGUCCCGGAAGAAAAAGUCGAGGUCUUAG